CAAGUCUUCAUUCACUGCUGACAAUGAUUCUGUAGACGUUGCCCGGUGCUGCUCCCUGGAGAGUCGUCCGAGUGCCCAGCGGCGUAUGCACUGGAUACCAGGGGGAAUGCUACUCCGGGAGCCUAGAAGCCAACCGUAUUCUUGCAUCCUUGACAUUGGUCCAGAUGAGUUCAAUAUCUCCCUAUACCUCGACUUUCACGUUCCUGUUCCGCGUGACUUGCAACGAGGCUAGACUAUCUCGUGCAGUGCUAGCGGACGCCCCGGAUGGCGCAGAAGUAGAACUUAGGCUGCGAGGUUCUUGCAAAGCUCGCAGCAAGUCCUUAUAACUUCGCCUUCAGGAAGCUCAGGAUGCAACCUGGCCUGCUUUCCCAGCAUUGCUCUCGGUUCUGCGUUCAUACUGGAACAUCAUGGAGGCGAAGGAGAUCGCGCCUUAUACCAGAAAGACGAAAUGGCGAGAGCGUAUCCACAACUUCUCGUGGCACUGGCACAUCAGUGUGAUGGCUACUGGCGUGUGCUCGUCUCUGCUACACAACUUUCCGUAUCAACCUCACAACAACGCACUCAAAAUCGCUGCCCUCUCGCUUUUCCUGUUCGACUUCGUGUUUUUUAUCCUCCUGGGCAUCUGGGCCGUUGCGCGCUGCAUGAUAUCUCCAGAGGAUCGCGGACUCAUGUGGACCGACCCGGCGACAAGCUUGUUCAUUGGAUUUUUCGCGAAUGGCGCGGCACAGCUCAUAAACGCAGCCCUCUCUGUAAACAGCGAUUGGGGAACGGGAAGCAAAGUCCUCCUUUAUACGCUUUGGGGGCUUUGGUGGCUCGACUGCGCACUCUCCUGUUUCAUUACUUUGGGGCUUGUCCACCUCAUGAUCGGGCAGAAACCUCACGACCUCGCUGAGGUCCGUCCAGUGUGGAUGAUCCCAAUCAUCACGCUCGUCGGCAUGUCAGUGACAGGAGGCCUGUUCGCCCGCUCAUUACUUCCGCAUUCCCGCAUCAUGGCUGUUUUGACCAUCUCUGCAUCGUUCACCAUGCUCGCGAUCGGCCUGUCGUUCACCAUGAUGCUUACCACCGCCUUCCUACUGCGCCUAUACACCUACGGCCCUCUCAACGCGACGGUCGUGCUGAGCACGUUCACGACGGUCACUCCGCUUGGGCAAGGCGGCUACUCGAUGUUGCUCAACGGCAAAGUGGCCGCAGAGCUCUUCCCCAUCGCGCCCGGUUCGGUCUCGCCGCUCGGCGGCGGAGCCGUCUAUUCGUUCUGCGCCUGCGGCGCAUACAUGAUGUGGAGCAUGGGCCUCGCGUGGAUCGCGGUCUCCUGCUGCUCGAUCUACACGUGCGCGCGGGACCUUCCGCGGUUCAGCAUCACGCACUGGUGCAUUGUCGUCCCGAACGCCGUCUUCGCCGCGCUCUCGCUCCAGCUUGGCGUAGCGCUCGACAGCGGGUUCUUUCGAGUGUUCGGCGCCGUGUGGACGGGCGCAGCGCUCUCCCUCUGGGUAGCCACAUUCAUCAGGACCGUCAUGGCGAUCUGGGACGGGUCGGCAUUCGACAAGUCGGGGUUGACUCCCGCCAAGUCAGUGGGGGAUGGGGUAGAAGAUAAGGCCGGCGAUGAUAGGCUCGAGCGCGCUGAUCCGUCGCCUAUCCAAGUACUUCCUCCUUUGGGAUCGAACGAUGCCGAGUCUAUGGCGGAGACUCUUUGUUUUCCAGAGGGUGCUCUCCCAAGCAAUGACAGCCCGGUUUGAGGUAGAUGCCGUUUCUUUAUUGCUAAUAUUGAAGUUUUAUGGCCCUGGUGGCUGGCCCUUAGAUCUUUGUAGUCAUAGGGACUAGAGAUUACUCAGGACGCGCAUCUGCAGAGGGACUAUGCAGCUAGA